AUGGCUGCCGCUUUGCGCGAGGUGCCACGUCUGGUCCGAGCUGCCGAUGCCCAUUCGUCGGCAUUGGCUGAAGCCAGCACAAGCAACCCUGGAAGCCAGCCUCCUUUGCGAAUGGUGGUCUAUGGCGAGGGGCUUGUAGCCGCACACGCUACAUCUGCCUUGGCGAUUGGUUUGUCCGAUGCCAUGGCAGCUGCCGGGCAUGCGGUUGAGGUAUCUGCGUGCUUGUUCCACGGCCUGACUGCUGCAGAGCUUCUGGCCCAGAUUGAUGCGCCGGAACUUCGCGACCUGCGUGGCCGCCGUGGGCCUGGGCUCCGACAUCUACUCUCGGAUGUCCUCCUCCUCGUAGCCGGAAGCUGCGACUUGGGGCUGAAGGAUGCCAAGCCCGAGGAAGUCCUCGCCAGCCUGCGUGGCCUUGUGCAAGAAGCGCAGGCUUUGGCGCAAGUUGUGUUUGUCAUGGCGCUGCCUGACAUCAACAAGUCGGCUCAGCGUGCAUCCUUCGUUGGAGCCACCUUGCCCGCAAGGCGGCAUGCCACUAAUACUGGUCUGGCUCGCUGGGCCGCCACGGGCGUGGCCAAGUGGAUCAAUCCAGCGGCUCUAUUGCCUUGUGGGCCCAGGUCCGUUGCGGCCGGACACUGGGAUGGAAGUAUGCUGUCUGAGAAAGGCGCACAAGCUCUGGCUAAUCGACUGGUUGCCCAAGUCCUCCCCCACAUCCAAGUCAUGCUGGACGAUGACAAGGGCUUGCAGUCUGACUCCAAGAUGCUGGACGAUCUUGCGGCUGAGAGUGCUGAGAGAGAUGGGGCACUUCCAUCCCUGGAUGCCUUCAUGGAGGCCUUUCGCCUGGAUGACGCGCAGGAUUCCGAGGCUGUCCAGCAUCCUCCACCAGCGUGGGAGGUGGAUGCCGCGGUUGUGUUGCAGCGUGGAUUGCGACGAGUAGUACUUUCGGGGAGCCGAUCGCACAGGAGCGACUACUGCGUGGCAAGAAGCUGGCUGGCUUUGGCAAGAUUGGCCGUGCGCCAGGCUUUGAGCAAAGGGUGCAUGGCGCCACCUCUGCGGACUCUGCGGACUGUAGUUAGCACCUGGGGGGUAAGAUUGACAGCGGGAUGA